CACAGCUCUUUGUUCAACUAAAACCCUAAACCCUGAGUUCUAACGGUUUAUAAUAAUCGCCUCUGAACUUCGUGUGUAAUAAUAAUCGCUCUACAGUCUGAAGAAAAGCAAAUAGGUUUACAGUUUGUUCUCUAUUCUUUACCAUUCGAUUUGCCGCAAAAUAUAUAGAGAUGGCAUACUUCCGACAACGGGAUUUCAUGUUCUGUGAAAUGUGUGGAACAAUGCUUACGUUUGAUUCCCCCAAGUAUGCUCGCUGUCCCUUAUGCAAAUUCAAGAAACGAGUCAAAGAGAUUGCUGGAAACGAGAUACGCUAUACCAUUUCUGCUGAGGCUAUUAGAAGGGAAUUGGGCAUAUCUUCAUUUGAUGAUCUUGAAGAAGAGAAGGAGCUAAAGCAAAUGGACUACAAUGCAAAAUGUAAAACUUGUCAGCAUUUAGGCAUGUCAUAUGUAGCCAGACAGAUUAGAUCUGCUGAUGAAGGCCAGACUAUCUUCUAUACGUGCCCUGUUUGUGGAAAUAAACAAACUGAGAACUCAUGAAACCUCUCUGUAGGUUUCCAUGGUGAAUGGAGCUGUUUAAGUAUAUGCUGAGCCAUUGGAAUAUUCUAUAGCUCUGACAAUAUUGCAUGUAAUACAUGGAAACACAUGUAAACCUCCUAUGUUGUCUAGGAGUUCUAGAAAUAGAAUUUAGUUUUCCUUGCUCCAACUAUUACGGCCAAUAUGAUCCUUUUAGGUUGAUUGUAACGAGAAUAUGAGAAAGAAUUUAAGAAUCAAUAUAUGUGAAACAACAUGCAUAGAAUUAUUCUAUAAAUGGCUCUGGCUAAGAUUUAAGACC